GGAUGGGGCUAUGUCCAGGAGAACGUUGGUUGCCAGAAGGUGUUGGAAAAAAUAUUAAAUGUUUGAUUUUAAUACUCCAGUUGCUUAGUUGCAAUCAUGAACCCAGAGAUUUGGGAUAGUGAUGGUGGUUCUACUUCAGAGUCAAGUGAUUUACCAAAUAUAGUUUCCUCUGACGAGGAAUUGAAACCGUGGUUCCCUCCAUUUAAACUUCCACAGUUAAGCUAUGAAGUUCUGAUCCCCAAGCGAUGGUGUUACCUGAGGACAUCGGUUUUGAAGCGGUAUUGUCACAUUGUAAAGGUCCAGCUCCUGAGCCCUAUUCUCUUUGGUCGGCCUUACACGGACGAACUAUACAGGAACUGGGCUGUUCAAGCAGAGCUCAUCCAGCAUGAGGAUUAUGGUGAGCUCCGGGACCUUGAUCUCAAACCACUGAAGAUCAUCGAUCUUUUGGAAUCUGCACACAGAGCUUUGCUUGUUUAUGCUAUGAAACGACCACUGCUAAUCCAGUUUGUUCGUGUUGUUAAUGAAAACCUUGUCCAGUGUUCCACUUUGGAAGAGGCAAUAAACGUUGUGAAGCAACAAACGAUUUUUCGGGAUGCCUGGAAGAUGACAGUAGGAAAUAAAACACAAGUGGCUGCAGUCCUCGCAUUAACUGGGCUUCACUAUUUCAACCUUAUUAAACAAUAUUCUAUCGACCAGAAUGAUUUGUUUGAGCAAUUUGAAGAUCAGUGUCUUCAGGAAGAACAGCAAGCAAAAGUAUUUCAUGAACUUUGGGGAGCGGAUUUGAAAAAGCAGCUUUAUGAACCAGCAGUGAAAUCUUUGAAUGAAGCCAUUGGUGUAUGUGCCUUCAACCAUUUGCUAUAUGAGAAAAGAUCUUAUUGUUAUUUGCAACUGUGUCAAUACAAAAAAGCCUGGAGUGAUGCAAAACGAUGCACUGUCCUGAAACCUCAUUCCAUAGAGGGGCAUUAUCUAUUUGCGUCAGCUCUGUGUGGUAAAGGAUGGUAUACACGUGCUCUGAAGGCCAAUUCCCUGGCUCUUCAGGCAUGUCAGAGGAAACGAAUGAAUGUCAAAGGUUUGACAGAGCAGCGAGAACUCAUUCAAACUGAGCAAGUACUUUCAUCGAAAGAGAAAGAAAUUGAGAAUCAGAAGAGUGAAAACACCAGUUUGAAGGAAAGCAGUGGUUCUGAGAGUUCUCCAGUUGAGGAGGAUGACGAGGAAGGCAAUGAUGAAUCCAGAGAAGAUGAAGCAGAGGUUGUGGAUAUUUGGUUGGACGUCACUAAAGAUAAUGAUGUACAGGCAGAACAGGAGCAGAAUGAUCAAUCUCUCCAUUUUGAUAUUCCUUUCUUAUCGUUGAACUUCAAAGCUAGCAGCUCUGACUCUGAACAUGGUAGUUUUGAUGGAUUGAACCAAGGUCAUGGGUCAAAGAUGUUAUCCAGUGGACAUACUUCUGAUUCAGAGUCUGGCUCCAGCUUGAAAGAAGACCAGAGGGAUUUUACAGUUCCACAUAAUUCUGUGGAAUCUGACAGCCAGGAGAAAGAUUUCCCUGCCAUUGGAACAAAAGCUCCACCCUACCCAUUUACAGACUCUGGAAAAGAGGUUUCUGCUCCUGGAACAAUUGCAUCAUCAUCAUCUCCCACAGGUUCUAGCAAGGAUCUGAACUCCCUCUCGGUAUCUUCUGAAGAACACCAAUCACCUUAUCAAAGUGUAAUGGCCAAGGAGAUUGAGCAAGUAAGCAGUGAGUGUAAACAACCUGUAUCUUACAACAACGCAGAACAGGAGGAAGAACAAAAAUCAGAGAUGAGUUCAAAGGUGGAAGAGAGUUUGCUGAAAUGCAAAUUGAAAGAAGCUUCUGAGGCAUUGAUGGCAUCUAAUUUUAGAAAUGCUCAGGAAAACUAUUUGCAUGCGCUUAAAUUAAUAAAAGAAAAAAAGGUCUACAACUUGACAACGAUGGAGUACAUACUGGUUGAGUAUGCCUGCGGUUUUGCCUUUUUAGGAAAUAAUUUAAUUCAGGAUGUUUUAGAAGCUGAACGACACUUCAAGAAAAUUCUUGAGGAGUUUAGGGAUGAAGAUUGCAGUAACUUUAGCUGCCUGUCGUAUUAUGGUUUAAGUCGGGUCCACCUCAGAUGGAACAGAUAUAAAGAAGCACGGUCAUUCAUAGAGAAGUCUUUGAAGUUGGUGGAGAGUAAUUUAGUCCCAGGGCUUCAGACCUGGCCGGGCACAGAUACAGCCAUUGAAGAAACCAGGGAUGGUGUGCUGAAGGACCUGUUGAACGUGCUUCUUAAAGAGUGUUUAUGUCCACCAAGGCCUGAUGCUGUCUGCCAUUAUCGAUUCUGUUCCACCCAUAGCAGCAAACAGGAUAUUUAUAGGUCUGAUCCUGACUUUAAGGGGUUUGUCCGAGUUCACUGCAGCUAUGACUGCCGUAUUGAAUACCAUCUAUACUGCUGGAAACGCUGCAAAAUUAAAGAGUUCCAAGAUAAAAUAGAAAAAGAUAUUCUGGGUUUAGACUGCCUCACACCUGACUGCAUGGGAUGCAUCUGGAAGGUUGACAUUUUUCAAGAUUCGAGGCAAAAGACGAUUGAAAGCUCCAAGUCAAAAGAACAUAAAAGUGGCAGAAAUACAGCAACCAAGCAGUGUAGUAGCACUUUUAACUUGAAGAAGAUUGCCAGGAAAAAAGAAAGGAAGCAGCAAAACCCAGUAAAACAUUCGUCAAGUAUCUACCAGGACCAAAUUGAUACACCAAACAAAAAGCCUGAUCAGACUGAACUGAAGGAUGACACUUCUGGAGCCAGAAGGAAGGACGGCAAAUGCAAGAAAAAUAGCUGGCUUUCAAAUGAAUGGACAAAAGAUGAUAACAUCGGGUAUGCGGAAGAGGCAACAGCAAAGGUAUAUGAAAGCAGUUACGUGGAUUCCGGAAAGGCAGAUUAUUACCACUGGUCGACAAAAGAGGAAAAGCUGCAAAACUCAUUUGCCAGCAUGUGGAUUGAUGAGGUUCUUCUUAAUCCUUAUCCAUCGCUUGAUAGCACAAAGAGUUGUGACUCAGCAGUUCUCACGGAUCCAAUAAGACCUUUUGAAAGCAAAGAGAAAACCUUUAUGAUCCUAUACCAUGACAAAGCUCAACUGCUGAAGAGCUAUGAGAAGCUUCAAAAUGUGUACAAUCAACUUUGUUCUGAUACUCAGGAUGAACUCAGAAUUUACAAGGAAAAACAUGAACAGCUGUUGCUCAAUGAGAAGAAACUGAGGGAUGAGCUCUCCACAGUAAAGACACAGCUGGGGUCUGUCAGAGAGAAGCUGCAUGAUCAGAGAGAAUUUCAGUCGCAAGAACUUGGUGCCUUACAAGAAGAACUUAAAUCAGUGAAGAGUGAUGUAGAAAGGAACAAGAAAACUAUACAUGAAAUUGAUGGAGACAUUAAGAAAAUAAAAGGAAGGAGAGAAAAGCAGACCAGUGACAAGAAGAAAUUGCAGAAAAUGCAUGGCAACACAAAAGCAAAGAGCAAAGAGUCGGCAACCAGACUCUUGUCUGUUCAGUCUCAAAUACAGGAAUGGAAGAAAUACACAAAGUUGUAUUUUCUGAACCGCCAGCAUCGGGAGGCUGUGGACAAUGUGAAGUUCUAUACAACACUGAAAACUCGGAAUGCAAAUUCACCGGAAGUCAUCGCUAGCCAUGAUAUGUGGGAGAGACGAAUGAAAGGAAUUCAACGGCAAAUUAAUCUGAUCCAGGCUGUCUCUUCGCCACAGGAAUCAGGAGAAUAUUCUGAUGGUGUACCUAACACAGACUCCAGUGAAUUGGUGCCACCUCAGUUUAGAGGUAUCAACAAUUUUAAAAUUCGGCAGGGAUCAUCACCAUCUCCGACAAGGGCUGAAAUGAGGAAGAAUGUUGGAUUUGCUGGGGCGUCUGCCUCUGCUGAAGCUGGAUGGUUUUCACCAGGAUCCAGAACUCAAGGCAUUAACGCUGAAACAUUACCGAGGACAGCAAAAGAUGCCUACAUACCUUUGGCUUGGCCACCGAACUACACAAAUCCUCCAACAAUGCAACCCAUUCCACUCACGGAUUGCAGCUGGUCUGACCCUGAACUGGAACUUAGGAUGUUUACUGACCAAAACCAGUUUCAUGAUGAAUCACUUCAGCUUGCUGCUGGAGGUUUGGAAAUGACAAAUCCCUCAGCUGAAGCAAAUCCAGAUAUUUCCCUCUCUGGCUUACAGACAUCUCAUGUGUCUGGGAAUCUACAGAGCAAUCCAUUUGAGAGUUACAGUACCCAGAUGAAUUCCUUUAACAAACACUUCAACCAUUUGUCGCCUGCACAGCCAAUUAUACACUCCGGUAAUAAUCUGCAGGUUUUACAAGCCUCGGGGCCAUUUGUUGGAGCCUGUGCCAACAGUGCACAGACCGAUGAACCACGGUCGUCCUAUCACACCGUAAUGAAACAGCUUUUCUUCAAAUUUCCUACAAUAAGCAAAACAAGUUUGCACUCUUUGAUUAAUAAAGUGAAAGACGAAAAUGGUGGCACUCUUUCAAAUCUGUCUAUUGACGAGCUGGUGAGACAAGUCUCCUAUCAUGUUCACCAGGGUACCCAUCCAGACAUGGUAUAUGCAUCUUCAACAGAUACCUUAUCAUUUGCGCCGAUGAGUUACGAAAACCCUUUCUUCCCUGGCCAUCACACUCUGCAUUCUGAUCAGUCAGCCACGCCACUCAGUGGGUUUAGUGGCCUUGCACCAGUGGGUGCAAAUGAGUCAUUACCUCUUGGAGAUUUGUUGGAGAUGGAAGGCUGCUUCGAUCACAUGUAGAACCAAGGAAACAAAUUCACAACAGUUAUAAUUUUCUAAGCCUAUGUCAACGUAGCUGUCUGACAUGCAAUGUUUUUUCACUUACAUUAUCAGUGUUGCUGAACACAACCUAUAGAGCUUUUCCCAGAGCAACACACAGAAGAUGCUGGAGAAACUCAGCAGAUCGGGCAGCGUCUGUGAAGAGGAAUUAACAGUUGACGUUUCAGGCUGAGACCUCUCAUCAGGUUCAUGAAGGGUCUCAGCUGGAAAUGUCAAAUGUUUACUCAUUUACAUAGAUACUGCCUGACCUGCUGAGUUCCUCCAGCAUUUUGUGUGUGUUGCUCUGGGUUUUCUGCCUGUAUAUUGAUAAUGCUAAUUUAGUGUUGAUUUGCUGUUAAGUGUGGUGCUAACUGCCUUUGAAUUGUUAAUUAAACUGUUGUCUUCUGUAAAUCCUGUUAUAUUUGUUGUUGAUGCCAAAGUAUUGAUUCCUAGUUCAUCCCCAAAGCCUUUGGGGUGUCCCUGCAGUGAACUUCAUUCAUCAGUGUUUUAAAAAUGCUCUUGAAUCCAAGAACAUGUCUGAGUGCUUCGGGAAUGAAUCGGGAUUGGAUGGAAUGGAGGAUAGUGCUUCCCUGGAUGGCCAAGCAACAUGGAUUCAUUUUCCUCUUGCUCAGCAUGUGGAAGUACUCAGCAGGUCAUACAGGAUCUGUGGGUAAAGAAGCAAGAGUUAAUGUUUCAUAUCAAAGGCAUUUCUUCAGGACUCACUGACACGGGAGUGUUUUGGCAGGCUGAUAGAUGGUUUUAAGUUUAUUUUGGAACAACAUAUGUGAAAGCAAUAUAUAUGAUUCCAAAUAUUUAUUUCCCAAACUUAAUUUUACAAACUUGUGAUCAGAUCUAUAAAUUGUCCACAGUUCUGACAUCAGAAUCAUUCAAGUACAAUAUGGACUGCAAAAGCUGUUGAUUUUUCCUUCAAUUAAAAUGCCACAACCUCAAGAUGUUCAUUACAUAAAAGCAGAUAAGAGUUCUCCCUUCUUCACAUCCCUCUCCAUGAUGGUAAGCUGUAAGCUGUCUGGCACAUUCAGCCACAUUCCUGUGAUGAACUACUUACUGACCCUGAUGACACAACUGUUGUAACUGGCUGAUGGUGCAAAGCCUCACGGAGUUGGAGUUUGUAAUAAUAGGUGAUUUAUUAAACACUGCUCGUCACAGGAGACCAAUCAAAGCUGAUCUACUCGAGUAUCAACCUGAUACAGCUUUUACUUUCUCAGCUGACAGGAUUACCAGUAAAGCUACAUUUUGAUAACAGAGUGGUGGCUAUCGGUCCUGAUUACAGAAUGAAAUGAUAAUUCACAGGCCAGACAUUAAAUUGGUUAGUGCAAAGCUCGGGGCAUUCCGGAGUUUGGAGUUCUAUUCGAUAAGGAGUCUCUGUACAUCCUCCCCGUGGAAUGCUUGAUUUCUCCGGGUCCACCGGUUUCCAAACACUGUCCAAAGAUCUACCAGCUAGAUUAAUUGGUCAUUAUAACUUCUUCCAUGAAUUGGGUUGCUGGAGCAGUGUUGCUCUAAGGACCAACUCUGCACAGUAUCGCUAAAUAAAUAAAUGAAUGCAGAGUUUCUUAGCUGGCAAUUCCCUGGAUGGUGAACUCUGGUGCCCCGAGCUGUAAUGACCAUCACACUGUUGUUCCUACUGGCAUUUCCCUGGAUGGCUAAAAUGUUUACUUUGUUAAUCAAAGGACUCCACAAUAGCGUAGUGCUAUUACAGCUUGGGGCGUCAAAAUUCAGAGUUCAGCGCUGACGUCAACUAUGAAGAGUUUGUAUGUCUUCCCCAUGAGUGUCUGGGUUUUAUUCCAGGAUGAAGGUUACUUGGCUAUUGUAAAUUGUCCCGUGACUAUUCUGGAGUUAAGUAGGUGGUUUGCUGGGCAGGGCUUGUUUGGGCUGGUAGGGCCUGUUCCACACUAUCACUAUAUAAAUAAAUUAAUUUGGUAAAUCAUUAUUUUAUCCCAACUACUUUGGUUGUUUUAUUGAUUGAUAUUGAGUCACUCUACACAGUAAGCCCCGAAUUUAAUCCUAACUGAACAGGACAAUUUAAAAUGACCAUCUGGUAGGUCAUUGGAAUGUGGGAGGAACCCGGAGGACGUACAAACUCCUCACAGGUAGUGGCGUGAAUUGAACCCUGGUUGCUGGUACUGUAAAACACUGUGCUAACCACUAUACUACCAUGACUGGAUUAGAUUUGCAUUAUCUGAUGAACUCUCCAGAACCUCUGGAGAACAGACAAUGAUUAGGGAGUUCCUCACCAUGUAUCAGUUCGACAAGACCUGAUACAGGUUCUCAAUCCAAAACAUCAAACGACAACUUCUGCUUCCAAAAAUACUGCUCAGCCUGCUGAGUUCAUCUUGAUUCCAGAAUCUGUACUUUCUAUAGUUGAUAUGUAUUGCCUCUGAAUACAUGAAACUGGUUAAUUUAUACAUAGACUUCUCAAACGUGGAAUCUCCCCUAGGAUGUCUAGAUACCAUAUCAGAUGCGGAUGUUGGUGACCAUGGUUUUCCAUACAAAUCUAUCCCCUGUUCUUUGGAUGUCUUCUAUUUCCUCGAUUUGUAUCCACCUGGCUAGGCUUUUGAUCUACAUAAGCCAAGAUCUUCCUCUAGGUUUGCUCCUCUCGAUCUUUCCAGAGAGUAUGAGUUUUUCUAGUUCAUCUUUCCGCAUGAUGUGUCCUAGGAAUCUGAAUUGUCAUUCUCUUAUUUUUGGUAUGAGUGAUCUAACUGCUUGGGCUCUUCUGAGAACUUCUUCAGUUGAUUCUAGUCUCUUUUCCAUUGCUGGGGAAAUACAUGCUUAUCUUUCUGUCUGUUAAUAUGAUCUUCAUUUUCUUUCGCCAUGGCUAUUCUGUAUUUGAUAUGUGUUGCACCUGCCAUCACUUGUUAUUUGGCUGCCAAGAUAGCU